AUUCAGGAAAUCAAUGACUACUAUUUCACACUCUUUAAACAAUGUGGGAGACGAACAACAAAUAGAAUAGCAAGAGGAAACAAACUAAGGAUCACUCUCUACUCUAACCAUGACGGACUUACAGCUAAAGGUUUUCAGCUAAGUCUGAAAGUAUCAAAGAUGUCAACAAGAUCAACAAAGUCGACAAAAGUUCCAUCACCAAUGUCAAAGACGUCCAUGACAAAGGAUGCAACAACGACAACGAAAACGGAAAAUCCUCAAAGAACAAACAUUGCAAAUAAAGAAAUAAUUCUUUCAACAAAAACAGCAUCAAUAACAGAAGUUACAAAAAGAAAGACAGGAAAAACACAAAUCUCAGCUGUUUUCUCCACUUGGAAAGCCACUAAAUCAACAACACCAAAAGUUGUUAUGAGUGAAGUUUUGAGUUCUACACCAGUCUUGUACACUUCAUCGCUAAUACCGCACUCAACAGCAGCUACAGACGAAACUUCAAAAACGACACCUGUUAAACAGAUUGGGUACAGAACAUACGAUAGACUUUUAGACAUAAAAAGAGAGUUUGAUGUAGGCGUGGAUCUAGGUUCUGGACUUGGAUAUGUUUCCCGUCAUGUUUUAAAAGAUACUGUCAAAUUUUUAUAUCAGUGUGAACUCUCAGAAAAAUUACUGAGACAAGCACAGGUUUCACCAGAAGUUCCUACUCAAAAACUUAUAGUUGAUGAAGAAUUUCUCCCAUUUAAAGAGAAUUCUUUGGAUGUAAUUGUGAGCAGUUUAAGCUUACACUGGGUCAAUGAUUUACCAGGGUGUUUCAAGGCUGCUCAGAAGGCUUUAAAACCGGACUGUCCAUUUAUCCUGAGUAUGUUUGGAGGUGACACACUGUUUGAACUCAGGGUUUCUCUACAGUUAGCAGAACAGGAAAUACAGGGG